UCUCUCAUCGCCUCCACUCUCUCUUUCUUCUUUUGCAACCAAAUCUUCCACAACCCAAAACACCUUGUUUUGAACAUUUCAAGCGAACAGUUUCUCAAAUUCUUUCUCGUUUUAUUGUUAUUGUUUUGUGAAUUUUGAGUGAUGGAUUUCCACAGCCUUUCAAGAAAGGAGCUCCAGGCUCUCUGCAAGAAUAACAAGAUUCCAGCCAACAUGACCAACGUAGCCAUGGCUGAUGCUCUCGAGGCUCUUCAACAUGUCGAAGGGCUCGAAGAAUUCUUGAAUCCAUCCGAUUCCGAUCUCUCAAAACCUGCGGAGGAAACUCUGAUCGGAUCGCCAGAUAUUCCUCGCACUGCCUGCAGAACCUCGACUCGCAGAAAACCCAUCCAAGAAGAACCUAAAAGCACACAACCCUUGACUCGCACUCGUCGCGGGACAAGAGGAAGAACCGCCGAAGACAUCGAUCAAGAAAACAAAGAUGUCAAUGUGCCUACAACCCCGGCGGUGGCGAGCGGCCGCAGAAGAGCACCGGCAGCUUCGGCUCGCAGAAACAUUGAGACCCAGAUGAGGGAAGAUGAAGAGGAUGGGAAGAAUGAGGCUAAAGGAAGGAGUGCCGUGCCAAGCAGCCGGGGACGACCCCCAGUCGCUUCGGCUCGCAGGAAGCUGGAGACACAAAAGGAGGAGAAUUCAGUGCAGGGAGUGUAUAGUACGAGGCGGUCGGUGAGGUUGUUGGAGAACAAAAUGGCUAAGUUGUGCAUGAUGAAGAAUGGAAGCGCAGAAGCUGUAAACAUGGAUCGUGACUUGUUUGAAGAGAUGGCUAAUAGUUCGGAGAGAUCCGAGGUUUCAGUUGAAGUUGAAAAGAAUAUCCAUGGAACUAAUACGCAGACAAUAUCAGAAGUGGGUUCAGAUAAAACCGAUGAUUCCGAAGUUGCAUCGGAUCCAAAAACAUUUGGGUCUCUUGAGAUUGAGAGAGAAUUGAAAGUUGGCGUUAAAGAUAAGGACAAGAGUGAUGAUGGGUAUGAAUUAAAUGUUUUCAAGUCAGAGGCAGUAGGUGAUGAAGCCCAUGAUGAGGGAUCUGACGAGUCAGAUGUAAUUUCAAGUGAAAAAUUUGAGAAAUCAAUAGAUGUGGAUGAUGAAACUGUAGAGAAGGGACCUGCUGAUGUUUCAGUUACUGUGCAAGAAGAUUCUUUGGCAAUUAAAGCUUCCACUGAUGUUUUUGCUGAGGUUAAGGACCAUGUUGUUGCUUCUCAAUCUUUGCUGCCAGAACAUGGUAGUAUUGAUUGCGAUAGUGUAGAAGAAUCUCUUGAGCCCAAUUUACAGAGUCAGAGUUCCUCCCAUGUUCAAGAUGAGAACCCACAAGAUAAAUGUCAAAACCUGGCAAGCAAAGAUUCUCACAUCAAUGUGGUGGUGGAUGAUGACCUUGGCAGUCAUGAUUCUGAAUCGGAAUACACCACUGAAGGGGAGUCUGAUGAAGAAAAUGCGUCAGAUGCAAAUUCAUCUGACUGUGAAGAAAACAUCAGUGAUGAUGAUGCAGAAAUAGAAGAAAAGGAUCCAGAGGCUCCAGUUCUUCCUGAAUACCAGAUGGUUGGCGAUACUGCUAUUGACAACGAUUCAGGUUCUGAAAUCUUUAUUGCUGAACACUCGGCAAUAGAGUCUGUUGACUUUGCUGAAAAAGAAAGCCCGAGUGAUGAUGACUAUGUUAUGGAUGAUGGGAUUCCAAAAUUUAAGAAGAAUAUGAGUCCAGGUCUCGUAAUUUCUGACAGUGAAGUCACAUUAUCAACCGUGGCAACAAAUUCCUUAUCUGGGGAUCCAAUGGCCAAGGUGCAAGAAAGCAGUAAAUCUGAAUCUUUGGUUGAUGUCUGUGUAAUGCCAGCACUUGAAUGCCCUCCAUCUCUGGACAAGACUCCAAUUUCUGACAGCAAAGUCAUCUGCGAAAUUCCAUCUCAACCAUUUGCAGCUGACCAGAUCUCGGGCCAGUUUCCUCGUCCAACUCAGUUGACACAAAAAAAAUCUUCAGCUAUAAAACAAUCGAUUCAGAAGAUCACUGAUGUUUCAGACGAUGAUGAUGAAGACCUUGACAACGGUAAUGGGAAAGUGGAGCUCGAAAAGGAUAAGACAAAGCAAGAUGAGAACACAGUUGAUGGGGAUAGCAUACUGGAAAUCUACACAGGAAUGAUGAGUUCAGUUGAUGGGGAUGGCAUGCUGCCCGCAAUGUUCGCAGAAAUGAGUUUAAGGCAGCUCAAGAAGAAGGUGAAGGAAUGCCAAAUUACACAAAAUAGAAAGAAAAAUAACGAUAAAAGUGCCCCUAAUGAACAGGUGGGGAAGAAAAGAGUUGCCUUGAAACCAUUGCGAGAGAACAGUAUGGAGGAAAAUGAAAUACCUUUAUGCUGAAGGGGAGAAGUGUUUUAAGAGAAUGAAACUAUUCUUGGGUAUUGUUUCUUUUAUCCAAAUUCCGGUUGAGAGGGCCAAUGAUGGGAGGAGGGUUUAAACCUUGGUUUGCCGUUUUUGUUCCUUUUUUUCCUGCACAAGUUUUGUAAUAAUGUUGGCUCACCCAAUGUUUUGUUGAUGGUGGGUUAUGAAAGGAUCAAUCAUGCUUAUCAAUAAAUACUAUGAGCACAGUUUUGUCA